CGCAUUACGUUAGUUCUUUGCAUUCCAAUCUUUUCAGGAAUCAAUCCAAAGAUCUCUUUGCUAACCUCUCUGAUCGAUCACAGGCAUGUUGGUUCCUCAUCCUUCCGGUACGGCCAUGCGAGGACUGCGAGAGGAAGCCUGCCGAUUCCUCUCUUCGCGAUCCUUCGGCGCAACGGUGGAUGCGACCCACGCACGAAUGGGAGGAAACUUUGUAAAUUCUGUGCAAGCAUGCAAUAAUGGGAAACGAGUUUGUUGGCAUCAGCGCAAUCGGCGCACAUUUUCCGUUGUCGCAACGCAGCGCAACGGGAUUGGGCAUCGGACAACCCAGGGGGAAAUGGAAGCCGUACCCAGGCGGCACUUUACGAGUCUCAACCAAUCAACUCCCUUUCAACUUUGCUUUCUUCGACACGGACAGUCGACCUGGAACCGAGAUAAUAUCUUUAUUGGAUGGACGGACACUCCGUUGACUGAUGACGGGGUUUUGGAAGCCCGUGUUGCCGGAAAGAUGCUCCACAAGUCCGGUAUUCGAUUCGACGAAGUGCAUACCUCACUGCUGCGCCGGAGUAUUCGCACGACCAAUCUGGCACUGAUGGAACUCGGUCAAGAGUAUUUGCCCGUACACAAACACUGGCGGCUUAACGAACGCUGUUACGGCGAUUUAGUAGGCAAGAACAAAAAGGAGGUCGUCAUGCAGCACGGAGCGGAUCAAGUAAAACGCUGGCGUCGGUCGUACGACGAACCACCCCCACCCAUGUCGGACGACCACCCCUAUCAUCCUGCGCGUGAUCCGCGCUAUCAAAAUAUUUUGGACGAGUUGCCCAAGUCGGAGUCUCUGAAAAAUACCGUGGAACGGUCGAGCUUGUACUGGGACGAAGUCCUUGCCCCGGCUCUCCGCGAAGGAAAAACUCUCCUUGUCGUGGGUCACGAAAACAAUUUGCGUUCAUUACUUAUGCGUCUCGAGGACAUUGCUCCCGAAGAUAUCAUAAAUCUGAGUCUACCACGGGCUGUCCCACUCGCAUACCGCCUCGACGAGAAUUUGAAGCCGCUCCCCCGGGAAGAUGGCAAGCUGGACGAAGCGACGGGAUUUUUGAAGGGUACUUGGCUGGGAGGCGACCAGGCUGUAUCGGAGAUCUUGGAUCGGGACCACAAACAAGUUUACGAUACGGCCAUUACGACCAAUCUCGAAAUCGGCCAAGAUCGGGAGAAGUGGAAUAAUUGGAUGGAAUUUAUCAUGGGCAAGCCGUCUGCCAAACAAAAGAGAAUAGGUGGUGACAAGCAGAACGGUUUUGCUGGCGGGGCUGCAAUACCCGGCGUCAAUCACCGUACAUUCACUCUACAGCAGGAACGGAAACAGGAGUCGCAGUAAUGGAGAUCUUUGAAAACGGCUGCAUUGGAAGAGUUUGUAUUUGGCAUAGCAUGGAAACAAGACGACACCCACACGGGCGGAACACUACAAUUAGGGGCCAUUUUGGAGGGUACAUGCACAAUGCCAAGGAAUCUUAUCUUAGAGCUAGUAACUAUUUUUUCCAGAGUAAUUAAUGUUGUAUUAC